AUGCAGCUCCACUCCUCAGCAUCAUUCGAGUCAACUCCACAAGCUCAGAUAAAAGCUGGCUUGACAGAGUUUGAGGUAUCAGCAGAUCCAGAAGAGUUUAAAUUUGUUGAGAGACUGCUGCCUUACAAGACUGUACCAUCUCCUCCUUCCCAUACAAAUUAUCCAACCCCAUCAGGCUGGAUUCCCCAAAAAGAGGCUGAUCUUACGCUUCCCUACUUUGUGAGGAGAACAAAGAAUCAUAUGCUGCCUAUCUAUCAAGAAUUACGUAAUGGCAAUACACGUAAAUUGGUGAAAAUUCGUUAUAUAGAAGGAGAUAUAUGGGCUCUCGAUGCAGAUUUACGUGAAUACCUACAGCAAGUUACGGGAUCGAAAAUUAUUGCCACACAGGUGCAUGAAAUUGCUCGUUGGAUAAGGGUAAAAGGACUGUAUGCUGAGCACAUCUGCGCGUUCAUGCUUAAGAAAGGAUUUUAGCACGAGUAUACAAGUGGCUGUUGAGAGUCAUUUGUUUAUAUUUUAUUUAGGAGAUAAAUUAGAAAUUUCUUCCACCAUUGUCAUGCUUCUAUUUUUUAUUUCAGAACAGUUGUUGGUAAAAAAUCUGAAUGCACAUGUGUGUUAAUUUGCCUGCUUAUGCACAUUUUUAGUAUAACAGUUCAUUAAAAAAAAAAAGAGAAACCAUUUAUCAAAUAAAGUUUGAAAUUGUUAACA